GCCAUCAGUUGGAAGCGAAGAGCUCUCGAGAGCGGAUCUAAGACAGAAUGAUAUUCCCGGUGUUUUCAGUAUUUUUCCUGCUAUUUCACCAAGCCAUCUCCUCCGUUUCUGGAGUAGAGUUCUUUUCCUCCAUAAAUGAGAUGACCAAAGUGUUCGGCUAUGAGCAGAAAAUGCUGCUGCAUAUCCAAAAAUUCCUAUCCGAUAAUCAGGGAAAGCUGGAUUUUCUGAAAGCCCGACUGCGAGAGUUCGAAAAUGAAAGGAACGAGGCUCGUGAAUGGGGUCCAUCCUAUUUUGAGAGUCCUAUAAACAAAUAUUUGCUGAACAAGAGACUGACAGUAGACUGGCAGCGAGUGGAGAAUCUCAUGGCGGCUUCAACAGGCGAGAAACCGCUGACUCGCCUUAGAAAGUUCCGAAAUCGUGAGACAAUGCCCGAUAGAAAAGAGCUCGAAGGAGCCAUUGACGGGAUUUUAAGGUUACAGUAUGUUUAUAGAUUGAAGGCCAAGGACCUGGCCAGAGGUAUCUUGGAUGGUGUGGAUUAUAGCACCCAUUUAAGCUCGGAGCACUGUGUGGACAUAGCCAGACUGGCUCUACGGGAUCAGCAUCCGCGUUUGGCUCAUUCCUGGCUAAUUGAAGCUAACGAUCGUUUGACGGGUGGGGAAAAAGAGGAGCAACUCAAGCCUCAGAUUCUGGCCCUUCUUGUGCAGGCCAAGAAGGAAUUGGAGGACUUCCGUGGUCUGAAAGAUACCUACCAGGAGCUAAUCGGGAUUCAAUCAGCCAGUGAGGAGCACGCCAGGAAUUACGAAACCUUUUUGAAUGCACUGGGUGAAAGGGCUUUAUUAAACGAAUCCAAACCCGUCCUAGAACAUGCUCCCAUUCCGGAGGAGGGAGAACAGGUGGGUGAGUUUCAGGCCUACAGCCUAACCUGCAGUGGCCACUGGCGACUCACUCCCAAGGAACAACGUCAUCUGCGCUGUGGCUAUGUGACCGAGACACACCCGUUCCUGUGGAUAGCUCCUCUCAAGGCAGAAGAGCUCUUCCAGGACCCCCUGCUCGUACUCUACCACGAUGUCAUAUACCAGAGCGAGAUCGAUGUUAUAAGGAAGCUGACCAAGAACAGGCUGAUGAGGGCCACAAUAACGAGCCACAAUGAGUCAGUCGUGUCCAAUGUGAGGACCAGCCAGAUUACCUUCAUCCCAGUCACGGCUCACAAGGUGCUAUCAACCAUCGAUCAAAGAGUAGCGGACAUGACGAAUCUAAACAUGAAGUACGCGGAGGAUCACCAGUUCGCCAACUACGGAAUCGGAGGACACUACGGCCAGCACAUGGACUGGUUCUACCAGACGACCUUUGAUGCCGGAUUGGUCUCCUCUCCCGAAAUGGGCAACCGCAUUGCCACAGUUCUAUUUUAUCUUUCGGAUGUUGCCCAAGGUGGAGGCACUGCGUUUCCACAGCUAAGAACUCUUUUGAAGCCAAAGAAAUAUGCAGCUGCAUUUUGGCAUAAUCUCCACGCCUCUGGAGUGGGUGAUGUGAGAACACAACAUGGUGCGUGUCCUAUAAUCGCUGGUUCUAAGUGGGUUCAAAAUCGAUGGAUCCGUGAGAUUGAUCAAUCUGAUCGUCGACCGUGCGAGCUUUGGGAUGAUUCGUUGGCCACAUACGCGCAGAUUUUGGAGUUAAACAAACAAAAUGAGGCGAAGGCAGCUUCUAGAUAACAUAGCUACUAACUAAAGAAGUCCAUCAGCCCAAUGAAGACACGUGAAUGAAUACCUGAGGUUCCGCCAGGAGUGGGAACCCCUUUCAAAAAUUGGAUUUAUUUGUGAUCUGUUCGCUCGCUGCGUGUAACAUUCGCCAGCUAAGUUAGAACCAACACUAAUUAAUGUUUAAUUGCUAGUACUAGCUGGAGCCCCGCCCACCGCCCCUUCUAAGGGGUCGGGGGUCGCGGGGUCACGCCUUUGGCUUGCAGCUGUUCCUUCCUUUCUGUUCCGAUCUGAUCUGGGUCUGGUCUGCUCUAUCCGCAAUAUGUGUGUAUUUGAAUAAAUUCAAUAGAGUAUGUCUUAAAACAAUCUUCAUAUGUAGUUGUAUAAGUAAUGCAUUUAAAUCCAGCAACAACAUUUAUGUAAUAAUUAUUUCUCUGCGCUGCGCAUAAUAGUACAAUAAUAAUGACAAUAAUCUCUGCUAUAUGUAUAAGUUGAAAAGUUCACCGCUCUAUCCAUCAAAACAUUUAUAUAAAUUCUCUGCACUUUUUUUGUUUGAUUUUUCUUUGAUAUUUUGUCACAUUUUUUUGUUGAUUUUCUGCGAAAAUGAUUUUUCAGGUAGGGAAAACAGUUCAGUGGAGCCUUUCGCAAUGUUGCAUUUAAAAAGGACACCGAGUGAGAUUUACUUUUUUUUGACUAUGCAAACGUGUCAUGUGUAUAAAGGUUUAAAUUCGCUUUACCAUGUCUUUCAAUAUGUUCUCAUUUUCUGGCUCGUGGUGGGUGAGUCGCUAGACUGUCACAGGUUUAGUAAUAGUUUAGUUUCAGUUACAGCGUCAGCAUUAGCUUCAGUUUAGUUUUG